AUGCUGGAAAGGUCCCCUGAAAGACGCCAUCCGCUGCCAUUAUGCCGAGAACCUCAAGUGGAAGCCGGACCAGGGCAAGGUGUUCGAGGUUUCCAGCAAGUGGGACGCCAAUGCAAGCAGCACUCCGGAGCCUGGCGGCACCGCCACAAUGCCAUCCAGAACUGGCUGGUGAAAGCCAUCCCGCCGUCCCUGGGGAAGAUCAUCCUCGACUCCGCCAUCCCCGGGACAGACAGCCGACUGCGACCUGACAUCGUCGUAACGGACGCAGAAAAGAAGAAGGUUCUCCUGGUAGACGUCACGGUGCCUUUUGAAAAGAGGUCACCGGCCUUCCACAAGGCCCGAGCACGGAAAGAGUCGAAGGCCUCAAAGGAAGCAUGGGGAAAUGAGGGGGCGGCUGCACUCUGCAGCAGCUGCAGCUGCUAUUAUGAUUCUGCUGGGAUGGAGGCCCAGCAGCAAGGAUCUCAGCCAUUUCCAAGUUUGGAAAAAAACAUUGCUGGGGAGGAAUCCAAUGAAUUUACUAAUGAGCUGGGUAAGUAUGGGGUUAUUAUUAUCUACUUCUUUGAAGUUCUUGCUGGUAACAUUUUGGCAUCAAAAUUACUAGCUGAAGUAGUUCAUUAGGAUGUUGCAUUUACAGACCCACUGGAUGCAGUAAAGGAGAUAAACAUUCCACAAGAUAUUCUGGGUAUCUGGGUGGAUAAUAUAGAUUCCACUUCCCAGUAAAUAAAAGGUUCUGCAGAUGUCCAGCCAAAUCAAGGAGUUUUCCCAUCUGGGCUUCCAUGUGUAACUAUUUUAAAUGGAGCAUAUGACAUACAAACUGGGAUGCCUUUGAUGUUAGUCAUCAAUCAACCAUUUGCAGCACAAGAUCCAAGGAGAGACAGUCAACUGGCGUUUUCCCUGGGAAAAGGAUUUCACCCAUGGUCUCAACAUGCAACUGGUUACAAAAGCCUUUGAGUUGUAUAAGGUUUUGUUGAUAUUUAUCUCAUUUCAGAAGAUUCCACGUUCAAGUGGAACUGCUAUGCCCCGCAUGCAGUGUUGAGAUCCUUAGGAGGAGGAAUAGUAGACUUGAAAGAAUGCUUAAUGAGAAGACAAGAAAUAAUGCAUGAUGUGCCACAUUUACUAUAUAAUGUAAAAGUUUAAGGGGCCACUGAAAUAGAAAAAUGGGCCAGUAAAGGUGGGGUUGCAGCUUACAGAUCUGAGAAACAUUUGGGAAGCUUUAAGUCUUCUGAUUUAAAAACCUCUGUUUGA